AGUGGUUCUUCUAAAUUCUCGUCGUCUUUUCUAAUCUUGAUUUAAUUUCCUUUUUCAAGAGAAUAUUUUAUUUUUAUAUUCAAAAAUUAGAUAACUAAUUCUGCAAGAAUUUGGAAUAGUACUGCAUACCGAAUAAUAAUUACAAAUCAAGUUUACAAGCUGAGAGAUGGUGCAGACAAGGCGCAGAGGAGGGAGACGUCGGGAGGAGGAGGAGGAAGACGCAGACGCCGAGUCGACAACGUCUGAAGGGACUGAAUCCAAUGCCAACACUACCACGGCGAGUGUAGCCUCUUCCACGACAAGCACAGCAACUACAGCCACAGACGUGACCAGAUCGGGCUUAUCGGCAGAGGUGAAAUCGGAAAUUACUGAAUUUGUGAAAGAAUGUUUGGAUGACUGCCAACGUUUCACAGCACAUCAGAGAAAAGGUCUUUAUAAAACUUUUAGGAAGAGGUUUUACAAAGAUAGGAGUACUGCGACUGCAAAUGAUUAUCAAAAGUAUUUUGCACAAACUAUGUGGAUGUUUUCCGUCCCAUUUUUUAAGGCUGCAAAUUCACAACCGGUUUCGAGCGGUCUCAAAUUCAUACAGUACACCUUUUUAAAUGCUGGAACCCCAAAUGAUAAGCUGGAAGAAGGGUGCAAAUUGGACACGCCUCCUCUAUAUUACUACGUAUUGAAACUUUAUCUGCAGUGUCAUAUGGAUGAACGGCCACUUGUUCGAUUUCGGCUAAUUUCUUUGGCGCACGCGAUUAUCAGCCAGUACUCCAAUGUUGCACCUAUCGCAGGAAAUGCUGGGAUGAAACAUCAGUUAGUCCAAUGCUUUUUAGAGCGAUUGAAGGACCGAUAUGCGCCCGUUCGUGCCUUGGCUGUUGCCUCUUUGGCUCUAUACAUCGAUUCCGAAAAAGAAGUAUUGCGGCGGUUGAAAUAUUUUGCAAGAUUUGACCCAAGUCCUGAAGUUCGAAAGGCUGUGCUUGCUGCAGUUUCGAACUUGAAUUUAAUGAAGUCCGCAUUCUUUUACGACUUUGUAUUUGACUCUGAUGCCAAGGUACGAGUGGAGGCGUUUAACGGCUUGGCGGCCAGACCAUUUAUCAGUCUCAAGGCUGGAGAGGCUUGCAAAGCACUUGUUUGGGGCUUAUCUCAUGAUGACAAGUCCAAGACUGUUGUGGUAGCAAAAUUGCUUCCUGCAUGGAUGGAGCGUUGUAAUAAUAGUCCAAUCGAAUUUUUAAAAUACCUUGGGAUAGUUAGGAAACCCAGCGUUGUGGAAACUGUGAUGAAUGGAAUUUACUUGAACAAUUUUACCGAUACAUUUGAUACCAUCGACCUCUCCUUCCUAAAUGAAGAGAAAUUAAUUCCGAUUGAAAACUUGAGUUUGGAAUCCGUCAUGUUCUGGCUGUAUUUAAUUAAAAAGUUUGGAAAUACUCGCCAUAACGCAAAUAAGAUGCUGCCAAACGCAGAGAUCAUGCUUGAUUACCUCCAGAUGGUUAUUGAGGCAAUCCACACUGAGCAUAGAAAUGCACGACGAGAUGACAGAGAUGAAGAUGGCACACUUCUAAUUUGUAUGACCUACAUAGUUCCCAUUGUACUUGCAAUUGGCCUAGAAGAAGCUAAUCGUAGGCGGAUGGGAGAGAUCCUGAGACAGAUUUUGCUCGACCCUGUCAUGGACGAGGCUCCAGUUAUCAAAAUGGGAGUGGAUGCAUUGUUCAAGAUUUUAGAUAAGCGUGAAUUUGGAGAAAAAAUGAUGGAAAUAUUCCAAGCAGUGUUUGAGCCCGAUCAAACACUUAUGGACCAAAGUGUGGAGGGCACUACACCAAGACGACGUACUGGAUCUGAGGGAAGACGUAGUAAGACUAAUUCAGUAGAGAGGGUGAUUCCACCACGUUCUAGCCGUUCUCCCGACAUAAAUGCCGAUGAGGCAGAAGUGGAAACUCCGAUGGAUAUUGUCAAUGAAGAAGUUGCUGGUGUAUCUAGAAAUGAUAAUAAUAAGACACCCGCUUCUCGUCCCCCAACUCAAGGUUCUCGCCGAGUUCUUACUGCAAAAGAAGUAAUGGCCUUGAAGGACAAGCUAUGCAAGUUGGCAUUGGAAAGACUUCAUCUGGGUGAAGAGAAAACAAAUGCGAUAAAAUCAGACGACUACUUGAAAGCCCAUUGCAUUCAGCAAAAGAUUGAUAACUUAUUAACAGAAGAGAAAGCAACUCGUGGAAGACUUGAACUUACCAAUGGUACCAUUGCAAGUAUGUCAGAUUUUUCGAAUGUGUCCAGCGUCAAGUCCUCUCAAAGGACUAAUGAAACAUCAAUGAUGGAGAUGGAAAACGUGGAAAUGGAAGAUGUAAUGGAAAAUGAUGAUGCAUCGCCAACGUCCAAAUCAAAUGCAACGAUUAGGGGUGCUACGAGCAACAGCGCGUCAAAAGGGGUCCAAGACUUUCCAUGUUCUCAAGGGACGGUGGCAGGUGGUGAUCGCAUUGGAAUUUCAAUGCACAACAUUUUAAAAGGUGUUUUAAUGAUGAACCGCGUGCUGAGUUGCCGUCCUAAAAUUAUGCCAUUUGUACGACAAUUCUACGAACUUUAUGCCCUCACCCACUUUACUGAUGAUCUCAACGAUACGCAAACUCGCAUUGAACUUUUAAGUUUUCUCUGCCUGGUGGGUAUGAUUGACGCUGAAGAGAAACGAAAGAUAAUGGGACUUACUAUUACUGCAUUAGAACAUGACACAGAUCCUGAAAUUAAGAAUGCAGCCUUCAAAUGCAUGGUGGAUCUUUUGUGUCGCUACAAUGUUGAGCAAUUCCGCUACACAGGAGACGCGAACAAUGACCAGACCUAUUCCUGUGCUCCACCUGACUUCAAUAAUGCUGAUGCUGGGUUGAAUCAAUUACAAGCCAUGUUUGUUUCAAUCAUCGACAGGUUUCCAAAAUCGGAUGUUAACACUCCCGAUUCAGAAAGUGUAAAGGCCAUCGGAAUCAUUAGGCUGUUGACUGCGGAUCGUAUCACUUCAGAAUUCGUGGUUACGGAUGUGUUGUGCAUGUGGUGUAAUCCUGCAUAUGACGGCACAAAGAUUCCAUACGAUAUCGGGAUUUGGCUCCCUAUUUAUACCAAAAUGUCUUCACAUAAUGCGAGAUUAGUUGGGAAAGCUUUGUUCCAUAGCGUGGUUCGAAUCGCAAAUGCCAAUGAUAGAAAUUUGCAAGGCGUCGACAUCCUUAAAUUGGUAGACUUUGUACUACCAUUCUUGUCAAAUGUGCAUCUGAAACCAAGAGAGGAUGAGGACAUGCACAUACAUGCAGACCUGUACGAAGAUAUUAUUGACCACGUUCUGCAUUUCACCAGACAAACAGUAAACCUUGACCUUGUACAAAUUCUUCCAAAAUUAUUAGUCACCUCAGAACCGAAGGCUAAGCACAUUAUUGAACAAAUCGGACAUGUUCUCCUCAAGCUUGCAGCCAUGCCUCCAACGUCUACUGUGACAACUCUGAAAACCUCAUUGAAGAAAGCAGGAAAGCGAAUUGCUUCAGGAUUUGAAGAGUUACAAGAACAAUUAAUGGAAAUUUUACGAAAAAUGGAUGAAAUGGAUCAUAACAACGACACUAGCGAAGAUGAAGUGUCCGACAAUCCUGACGUAUUUUCCGAUGAUGAAGAUUAGGAUGAUGAAACUAAAAAAUAGGAACUGUAAACCAUAAUCUGCUUUCAUUUUUUAUCAAUUCCCACUUUUAAUUUUGCUUACCUAAAUUUGUUUUUACUUGGAAAAUUUUUUCCAACCUCCAUUGUAACAUAAUUCUUAUACGAUACGUGUAAAAUGGCAAGCUGAAAUUGAGUACAUUUUAUUAUUCUCAAGUUUAUUUUAGCAAUCACCAGUUGGACACAUUAAUUGAAUUGUACAAAAUCACAAUUACACUAAUACUUUAAUCAAUGUAUAAUAUGUAUGAAUUUUAAUGGUAAGAUAAUUUCGGGUCCUAUUUAUUUUAAUAAAUUGCAUAUAAAAUUA